CUCGGUUCAUUUCGUCUAAUCCCAGAGCAACGUGAGCUGAAGAAGCAUGAGAGUUGCUCUACAAUUUCUCCUAUGUGUCUCGUCAGCAUGGCAGGCUCCUGCUCUUCUCAAUCUAACUUCUCUAGGAUUCGACACGAAGCCAAUGCGCCAUGACUUCGCAACGAUCCAGAAGCUCGCCGCCAAGUUGUGCAUCCGGAAUCACGAUCCCGUUCAUUUCCGUAAUACGGCCAAGGAAUGCCACGAUUGCGCCCUCAAGUGGCACAACAAAAUGUUCGAGCUCGAAGAGGAGGAUAAACUCAUUCAUCGGAUAAUGUACGAUUGCACACAAUACUUCAACAUGACUCAUUUCCUUUUGAGCAAAUGCAGCGCUCAGAGGAACCAUGGCUUCCAUCCGCUCAACUUGAUAAGGAGACAUCGAACAACGGCGCAAUGUGAGCAGUGCUUCGUGUCGGCCGGUCUCAAUCUGACAGCGAGUAUCACCUUUGACGAGUACGUCAAGGCUCGUCGACUUUGCGUGCGGACUGGAACGUCCUUCAGAACGAUGGCUACCGUGUUCCGCGGUCGAUCCUUCCGCGACAUACGGUAUCAAUACGACUAUGAGUUAAUUCGCGGCAAUCACCUCCAGUAUUGUAGUGACCACUUCAGGCCGGAAACAGUACUGAUGUGCCAGACUUGCAUAAACGAUACGUUUCUCUCAGAAGACAUGGAACCCUACACGGCAUUGUCAAAACUGCGGAGCUGCCUGCCGGAGUUGAAUGCCAAUGAGAGGUUGGCGCUCACUUGUAGAGAAGCUGAUUUGAGGAACCGGAUUAUUCGCUUUAACCGGCGAAACGUGGAAGCAUCCGAACGUCGCCGUCGCGAAAACUGGGAGUCAGUCUUCCCCGGAAAACCGUAUCAGGGUCCGAACGUCACACGGACUGAAUACAACAUGAAGUCUCUGGCAGAAUGCCGGUCCUGCUUCGCCAAUGAGAAUCUGGGCGAGAACGCAACUAAGGCACAGAAACAAGCGGCUUCCUACCGAUGCACACCUCCGCUCCAUCCGAAGUUGGAAAUUCGAAUUAAACUCUGCAAUAAAGUCGCAGCUCUCCGCGCGGUCAAAUAUCAGGGCCAUCCGAACAAGCAAGCGGGUACUUUGAAUGAGCGUCGCCACUACGGCAACAGGACCUACUACUUCGCCCAGAGGGCCAAGCGAAGUUGUGAUGCGUGCGUGACCAACUCGCCGGUUAACAUCAACUCCACCUAUGAGCAAUACAAAGCAUCUUUCAAGUCUUGUGCAGAAAAUGUUGUCAGCACUUUCAACAGUGCUUGCAUGGACCUGGUGGUCCUUGGAGCCAGGAAGCAGUGCACUCAGUGUGUCACCAACACACUCGGGAAGAUACUCGACACAAUAGCGACGGAUCGUAAGACCUUCCUUCAGGCCACGCAGUGCGUUCUGGAUGCUCAAGAUAUGAAUCUCCUCAAUAAUGAGGACGUGCUCCAGAACGCGGACGCCAACGAGGUGAACUCCGCGCCCAUCGUUUCGCCCGCCCUCGGAGCGGAUGAAAACAACGGGGGAGGAUCGAUCAAGUUCGCCUUGGACGACCGCUGACAUGCGACAUUCCUGACUUAUCCCAAAAUGAAUAAAUGAAU